GUGAGUCACAAAACCAUAUAUGGCGCUUGUGUUGCAAUAAUGGUAUGCGAUAUGGAUAUUAGUCGACCAAUCAGUGACGAAUAAGCUGACCUCGUGGUUUUAGGAGCACCGAAGGGACCCUCCGUCACAUCGCGGCUAAGAAAUCGCAUAAAAGCCCUUCAUCAACCUCACUCCUGUAGCUGAAAUACAACCAAAGCUUCAAAAUGGCGAUGUCAGGAAUUGCUGUGUCUCAAGAGUGUGAAAAAGCUCACGAAAGGCAACACAAGAAAGAAAAGGACGUACAGUGGACAGUGUACCGCAUUGACCAGGCCGGUAAAAAGGCUGUGGUUGUAGUUGAUAGUCAGAAAGAGAGAGUGUUCUGUGCCAACACGGCAUCGCAGCAGCAUUGCGAUGAGGUUAAAAAAACAAAUAAGCAAAUAUGGCUUGACUUUAUUGAUUGUUUACCCGACUUGGAAGGUCGAUAUGCUGUCUUCGAUUUCGUACAACCAACAUCAUCUGGAGCUUACAAAGACGCAAUUCGCUUCGUUGCAUGGUCCCCAGAACAAGGUCCAAUUAAAAACAAGAUGAUCUACUCCUCAACCAAGGAUACCCUCAAGAAGAAGCUUGAUGUCCAAAAGGAGGUCUUCCUCUCCACAAAGAGUACCGAAGAUAUAGAGGACGCUUUCGCACAGCUGAUGGUUUAAUUGGCUAUGUUACUCAAGAACUUAAGUGUCUAAUGCCUGGCAACUAAGGAACAGUUUCCUGCAAGCUGUACAAUGAAACGAUGACCUAAGUUUUUUUGCACAUGAUCAUAAACUAAUUGCUGAUUAUGUUGUUUCACAAUGCCGAAUAACAUUGACUUCUGAAUUACCAAAUACUUAACCCUAAUCAACACAACAAGAACAGAAAACUGAUUUAAAAUGUAUCCACUUUUGUAUAUUGUAAGUAAAUACUUUCUCAAUGACUUGUCAGAACAAAUUGUCUGAAGCUAUCUUCAAUCAUGUUGGAAUGAACAUCAUGUUAGAAGAAACUUUUGAUGCAAGUAAUAAAUAUUUCUAUGAAAGCUU